CGUUUUGUAGAUUCGUGGAAUUUGUAGAUCCAUCGCGGGUGGUCACGAUAAAGAAGUUUUUGUGCACUUAUUUUAUUGUUGCGGACAGGAACCAUCUGAUUUAGUCAACCAGAUUCAUCCUAUUGAAUGAAAAAUCUUUCUUUGGAGAUCUCAUCCUCCCAUUUUUAGUCGUUCUUUUUUUCAUUUCGCAGUGAAGUGUUUUUCGCUGAUAGUGGACAACGACUGAGUGUAAAGAGUAAACCACUUCCUCAUUUAUCUGUUUCCCAGCUCUAACUUUCAAUGUUUCAAGUCACUGAGGAUACUUGUUUUUAGAGGAAAAAAUUAACUUUGCCAAAAUACCAUUUUGCCAUUUAGUCUCCACAGUGGCAGUCACAGGUCACUGAGGGAGAACUAAUUUUAUGCGCUAACUUCCAACGCUCGGAUGCAAAGGAUUUCUUGAGAUAUUGACAGUCAUGAGUGAAACAAACCAAGAAUUCUGCCUACGUUGGAGCAGUUUUCAUCAGCAGUUGGGAGAUGCACUGUGCACCCUCCUGGAGAAGGAGUAUCUUGUGGAUGUAACCUUAACAUGUGAGGGCCAGUCACUGAAAGCACAUCAAACUGUUCUUUCGGCAGGGUCCUCCUAUUUUCAGAAAAUUUUCAAUGAAAAUACGCAUCCACAUCCAAUUGUAAUCCUGAAAGAUGUCAGGUUUGAAGAGUUGUCUUUGGUCAUCAAAUUCAUGUACUACGGGGAGGUGAAUGUUGAAAAUGACAGUUUGCCAGAGUUUCUUAAAACAGCUGAAAUGCUUCAAAUAAAAGGAUUAACCAAAUCAAACUCCUCUGAGAGUUCUAUCAAUUCCGCUCAAAACUUGGCAGAAAGUGAUUAUGACACCUUUGACACGAAGAAAAUCAAAACCGAUUGUGAAAGCUUUGACGAAACCUCUUCAAAUCACACAAAUGUUCCCAUUGAAGAUCACGCCGAAGAUAGGAGAACAGACAAUGGUUGUACAUCUCAGAUGAUACCAGAUCCUCCUCUGAGUGUUCGGGACCACAGAAGUUUAUCAUUUGAUGGACUGAGUCACUACAUACCAGAUCUACAAGAUGAUACUGGGCAGCAUCAGAAUUUACUUUUUAGUCCAAAUUUGCAAUCCCAAUCAACCCUAGAUAGUUGUAAUCAGUUGCACAGUUUAACUUUGAAACCUCCUCGACAAAGGGUACUGUGGACAAAAGAACAACUGAAACAGCUGGACACUUGGUACAGAACAGACAGGUAUCCCAAUGGCAGUAUGAUGUGUCGCUAUGCAGAUGUGCUGUGUAAUCUUGGGCCAAGCAACAUUCAACCAACAAGGCAGAAUGUGGACUACUGGUUCCAAAAUCGUAGGCGAAGAGACCACCAUCCCGACGUAGUCCAACAGCGAGAGAGAAAAAAGCUCGCUAAAAGUUUGUGGAACAAUAUCCUCCUGGAGCAAGGCCCCGAGUGAAAGACCAGAGGCUAUUCUGGAAGUCAGUUGAAUAGCCUGUUCUCGUCGUAAUCAGACUUUCUGUCCGCCAGUUUCGAUGGGUAGAACAUUUGGAACUUGUCAAAGUUUUUACCAGGGAUUUCAUACAACUGAGAUGAAAACCGGUAGUCGAGGAAUGUAACAAUCAAUGAGACAAUGUCCAAAUUUAAAUUUUUUAAGUCCUGAGGAGAAGCCUGUAGCAGACUUCAGAUGUGAUUACCUCAAUUUGAAUACAUGAUUCAUAAGGCCUUCUUUCGGAACACUGCAGAAUACCCAGACCUUGACUUAGUUGGACUUUAUUUUGCAGUCAGAAACUACAAUUUCUGACGCAUUUGAACAGCUCAUUUCGACGUAUGAAAACUUAUGGCUCUUUGUUUCUAAAGUGAGUCGAUUUUAGUUCCAAAUUGCAACAUGUCCAGUCAUCCUCUUACAGAAUACUUCGCAACUACUUCUGGAAUAAAUCCGUGGGGUUGAGCAUUCCUAUUAACUAACGAUGCUCUUACUCGUGCAAUUGCCUCCUUCUGAGUUCAUUUUUGCUAAAAAUAGACUAUCUUUGAUUGUAUAUGUGGGAAAAGUGGGAAAAGGCAGACUGCAAUGUCUAUGACAUUGUGAGAAGAAAUUACUUAACCAUACUCAGAUUGCAUUGAAUUCUUUCAGGGUACCCGGGUAUUAUCAAGGUCUCUUUGCGGUGUAUAGAGGAACUUAAACCAAACUUUCCAGGUUUUCUCAUUUCAUCUGCGAAAGAUCCUAUUCUAGUUUCACGGUGUUUUGAAUGAAACAAUCCAACAAUUUGCCUCAUUUUCUAGCCCCUAUCACAGAGAGAAGGCCUCAGAUCAUGCUCUUCCGUAGUUGAAUAAAUACUAUUUGAAAAUUUAUAAUGAAAAGCUGUAGAAAAUUUUGAUCAAGCAUUGUUAUGGAGUAAGGGCAUACAUUCCAAAAUUUAAAGAUUUUUCCUUUGUUUAUGAGUUAUGUCAUGCCCUAUUACUACUUCUUUGGGUGGUAAGUACAUACCUACUUAAAAUGUUUAAAUUAUUUAUUUUUAUAAGAUACAUUUAGAACUGUCUAGUUGUUUUGUUAUUUUUCAACUUGAUGGUAGAGGCUCGAAGUCCUUUCUUGAACAAUCUAUCCAAAAGAAUAAUUACGAGUACCUACUCAAAGAAUUCUUAGUUUCUUCAGUGCCAAAAACUGAGCCCAGUGUUUGAAACAGAGUCGAACCUUUUUAAUCCUUAAGUUUACAUGCUUAUCGUUCCCUAAAAAAAAGAAGUUACCAAUUUUCAGCCAAGUCUACAUUCCAAUUUCAUGUGGAAACAAAAUUAAAGAUAUUGUUUUUCUUUCAAUCAUUUGAGCCAUGAUGUAUAAAAUGUCCUUGAAAUUGCUGCCAAACUUUCAUUUACAGUUCUAUUACACUUCUACUUUAGUUGCUACUUUAUAAGAAGCUGAAAGAUGUUUUCCAAGGGAAUCUUUAUUCUCUUACUUUCUCAAAUGAAAUCAGUAUAAUUUUACUUGUUAUAAGGUUGAUUUUUAAAAUGGUUAGUAUGUGCUGGGGAACUCGAGGAGUCAAAAUAAUAGACAUCAAAUGUAAGCAAACACAGAACCUUGUUUCUGAUUCGCGCCCUUCGCACCAUGGUGGUAAAAUGCGUCCAAGUGUUUUUUACAAUCGUUAGUUCUCGUAUUUAAUGAGUCUUUAAUUGGUUUGUAACCAGUCAAUGACUAAAUCUUAAUCAAUUAACUCAAUUUACUCAUGAAGAAUUUGCACAUGAGGUGAUGUUAGUUUGUUUUGGUUUGAACCAAGAACUCGAUAUUAUAUUGAAUGACGUAGGCACUAAAUCAGUGUAUUUUUUCCUCUCUUAUUUUGUCUCUACAACCUAAUCAUCAUCAGGUGUUUCUAUUGCAUCAGGAAAUUGGAAUCAAAAGUAUUAAACAUUACGAAGUUACCUAAUUUUUUGUUAUUUUAUGAUUUGUACAUUUUGUAUCGUAAGGGCGUCUAUUGUUAAAAUUUUAUACUUUUGUUUUUAGUAGAUGAAUUUUCAAAUUCAUCGAGUUUUAAGUAACUGAUUAAAUUACUGCAACCCUCUACAAAAUCAA